AACAGUCGAGUGGCUAGACAUCCAUCCAUUGGACAUUACCGAAUACCUGGAACCGUACCAAAAGAACAAGAAUCGAGCGCGAAGAAAUCGAAUUGGUUUACACUAGCUCGUGAAAAAGAUAUUGGAUAUUGAACUCAGUCAGCCAAUCACCAAUUGUAACGAGAAUUUCUCCUUGACUUCUGGGAGGGUAAUUCGGGAUUGCGGAUUAAAGCAAAUAAGAUUUUUCGUGUUUGUGCAAUAGGCAAAAUAGUCAUGGAAGACUUCCAAAAGGCAUUAGAUAACUUCCAAAACGACUGGUUACAGCUGCAGAAAAAGCAUUCAUCACUGAGCAUGUCACUAUAUAAGCUUAGGGAAGAAGAAACAAGUUGUGUUCAUAGUGUUAAACAUUGUCGAAACUAUAUGAAACUUUUGAAGCGUGAGAUCGAAAGUCUUCAAAAGAAUGCCACAGGUGAUGAAAGUACCAUUCUUGAAAAAGCCAAACUAGAUAUCCUAAAAAAAGAAUACCUUUUACGGGAUAUUGAGGAUGUUCUGCCUCGCACAGCAGGCUUGUACUUGCGUAUCGUACUUGGAGCUCUCAACAUAUCGUUUAGUAACAAGGAGGAUAAAUUCAGAUACAAAAAUGAUUAUGAAAGAUUUAAAAUCAUUAUUUCAGGAAUAUGUGCGUUUUUGGCAUUUCUACUAUACUUUUUCGUUCAGAAUAGAAUUGUGGAUACUAUUUUUCAUGCUCUAUUAGUUUGGUACUAUUGUACAUUAACUAUUCGUGAACGUAUUCUUAUUGCUAAUGGAUCACGUAUUAAAGGAUGGUGGAAUAUUGUGCAUUUUUUAUCAACAGCCAGUUCUGGAAUUAUACUUAUCUGGCCUAGAUCUCGUUCAUAUGAUGAAUUUCGUGACCAAUUUAUGCUAUUUUGUUUAUACUUAAAUCUUGUUCAUUUUAUACAAUUUCAAUAUCAAAUAAGUUGCUUGUAUAAACUUCGUACUUUAGGUUGUCGACAUCCAAUGGAUAUAACUGUUGAUGGUUUCAUGUCAUGGAUGUUUCGUCGGAUUACAUUUGUUCUACCUUUUCUAUUUGUAGUAUACGGUUUUGAAUUAUAUAUGGCUUAUAAUUUAUAUGUAAUAUCUCAACAAAGUUAUUGUCAUGAAUGGCAGGUCCUUGUUGUAUCAAUUAUUUUUUUUAUUCUUGCAAUGGGCAGUAUUGUAACAGUGUUACAAGUGAUACGUCAAAAGAUCUCGACACCACCACCUGUUGUACUACAUGAUCAUUUAAUGAAAAAGUAUAGUUUUGCUUUACCAACGGAAAAAUUCAAUAAUACAUUGGACGAAUUCACCACCGGUAAUGGUGAUACAACCAAAGAGAAAGUUAUCACGUGAUUUUCCAGUGUGUGUGUGUGUGUGUGUGUGUGUACAUACCCAUGUUCACUUGCUGAAUUGAAUACUUUAUUCAAUUGAUCAACAAUGCUGAGACAAAAUCACAUAUAUCCAUAUAUAGCUGAUCUCUAUCUCAAAUGUAGUGUGUGUCUGUCUACACAUCGAUCUCUCUGUGAUUAUUCUUGGAGGUCUAUUUUCUUACUACUACUACUACUACGCGCGCUAUCGAAGAACAUACAUGAUUGGCAUAGUUCUGUCAAUUCUUCAAUUAUUAUAAUUUUUUCUCUCUCUCUGUCUGUCUGUUUGCAUACUCCUCUUAUCAACCGAUAUAGACAAGUGACAUUUUUCUCACGUUUUUAUCGAGUUAAACUUGUCCCGCUGUUGUGUAUAAUAAUAAUAAUAUAUGCUAAACGGCGUUUCUCCCUAUCUCUCUCUCUUUCUCUCUUUAUCUAAGCUAAUUAUUAUUUUUGGUCAUAUUCGACCAUCAUGAUUAUCAAAGAUAUAUAUAUAUAUAUAUAUACAUCAAUACUCUUCGAAUGUAUCAUAUUUUUCAUAGAUAUAUAUAUAAUGUGUUUUCCGGGCUUUUGUUUCCUUCCUCCCCCGCCUCCGCACCUUGUUCACAUUGUAUGAAUUAUAUAUAUAUUGUACAUGUUGUUUAGUGUGUAUAUUUCUAUAGUAACUGUUAUUAUUAUUAUUAUUACGAAAAUUAGUGUAAUUUCAACAUUUUCUUUUCACUUGAUGCACAAGGAUGUUCAUUUGUGCGGUUCAUUUGAUAAUGAUCGCCUUUCAGCUUUUUACUUAUAUGACAUUGAACAUUGAAUAUAUAUAAAUAUAUAUAUAUAAAGAAUUGCUUCUCACUAGUCAAUCUUGUAUAACUAACACUUGUUUAG